AUGAGUCCUCAAUGGAUACCACAAAAUAUUCAAAAAAGAUUACUACUAUAUGUACUAAAUCAAUUAUCAUUAUUUUCAGAAGUUGAUCUACCUAAUCUUGAAGAAGUUUCAUUGAAUAAUAUAACAUUAAAAGAUGUAACAAUAGAUCCUGAGAAAUGUGGUAAAAUACCUGGUUUUAAUCUAAGAUUUGGGAAAUUGGGAGUUAUGGAAUUAGCAACAGUAUCAGGUAUUAGUGGAGUUAAAAUUGAUGUUAAAAAUGCUGAAAUUGUUAUUUCACCUGAUUUUGAUGAAGAGAAUACAACUCAGUCUCAAUUUUCUUUGGCUCAAAGUACUGCUGAUUUAGCAAAUACUAUUAUGUUAGAUACUGAAGAAAUGAAAAAUGAAUCAGCUAUUGACAGUGACGAUGAUUUGGAGAAUGAAGAAGAAGCAGUUAAAGAAAUAAUAAGACCAGAUUCAAGAAGGCGAAGUUCUACAAUGUCUAAUAAAUCGACUUUGGGGAGCGUUAUGCAAAGAGCAGUUGAGAUGGCUCUACUGAGACUACAAGUUAGCAUUGUUAAUAUGAAUAUAAAAGUUAUUACAGAACUGACUGAUUUAUUAUUUGAAAUUGAAGAAAUUUAUAUAACCACCGUAAAUGGAACUAGAAACGUCACAAUUAAAGGUGUAAAACUAAAGACGUUGCGACCAACAGUGAAUCCUGGAGAUUCAAAAUCAACCAAAACAGAAACAAACCAACCGGAAGAAGAACCACAAGAUGAUUAUGAAGAAAAUGAUUAUGGAGAAGAAGAGUUAAUGAAUAGUAUGGUUUUCACACAUGAAGAAGCAAGUUCCAUCUAUAUGAGUGCAACAUCACAGUCUUUUGAAAAACCUACUGCACAAAAUGGACUCAUAGAUAAUAAACAUCAAAUGAAUAGUCAAGAACCACCAAUUUUAUUUUAUAUGAAUCAAUGUAAUAUUGAAUUUGAUGGAUUACAAGCAAUUUCAAAUUUAGAUAUUGAAGUUGAUAAUAUAAAUUUUGCAUAUACACCAAUAGCACCAACAUUAAUUACAAUUUUUAAUGGUAUAACUAAAACUUUGAAAAUUAAACAUUAUCAACAGAGACGAUCAUCAAAAUCCUCAAAAAACAAGAAUGAGAAAUUCCCACAAUAUUCAAAUGAAGAUGAUGCUGUUGCAGAAAAUGAAUUAUUUGAAGGUAAUAUAGAUAAUGACAAGCCAUUAUUUAACAAAUUAAGUUUAGGAAGUUUAAAAAUAUCCACUGCUUCAGCAUUAGAUAUAGAUGGAUCUUUUCUAUCGAAGAAAGGGUUAAUGUUAAAUUUUGAAAAUAUAAUUUUAAAACAAAAAAAUGAAUUGAAGUUAUUUGGAGGAAUUGAAACAGUAAAUUUCGAAAAUAAUGAAUCAAAAAUGUUUUAUUUUGAGAAUAUAAAUGAUUUAGGUAAUAGAUCUGUUUCACCACUGAGUAUACUGUCCAAUUAUUCAGUGACUUCAAAAGCAGAUUUCAGGUUUGAAGUUUUCCAGAAAGAUGAUUCAAGUGUAGAGACUACUUUCUUACUAGCUAAAACUGCAUAUGUUAAUUUGAAUCCUGAAACAUUAGUUGAAAUAACGAAAGUAAUUACUGGAUUAUCAUCUAUAUCUGAUGAGUUUACGAAAUUCAAAACUGUUUUAAAUAGUAUACGGACUCACAAGGAAGUAGAUAAAAAGGAAGAACCUCGAUUGGAAAACCAUUUAAUUAUUCAAACUGCAAGUAUAGCCAUCAAUUUGAUUUUAUCCCAGGAGACUUCAUUACAAACCAGAAUACUACCCGUGAAAUAUGAUUCGACUCAAGAAGAAUUAUGUGUACCUGCUAUAACUUGUAAUGGGAUGAUUGAAAAUAAACCAGUAUUAAAUAUAUUUAAUAUUAGUGAUAUUACAAUCAAUCUAAAAGCUCAAGAUUUCAAAGCAUUUUUACAACCACCUCCUUCAAAUUCAAAUAGAGCUAAUGAUUUACCGAAAUUAACCAACAUGAAGACUGAAUUGAGUCUAGAAGUUGAUAAUAUAAGUUUUGCAUUAGGUAGCAGUCAAUUAAAAAUUAUCAUAAAAGGUAUACAAUCAAUAAUUCAAAAACUAUCUGAGUCCAUCGUACCGACAUCCAAAAUAGAGCAACAAAAUUUGGCACAGUCUAAUUUAAAUUUACGAAGAGGAGUCAGAGUUGGUUUAGGUAUAAAUAAUAGCGCAGGACGGCCCUCGAGAUUUAAUAUUGCAGAUUAUUUCAUAAAUAUCAAAAAGGUUGAUAUUAAAAUUGAUCAAAUCCUACCUAAAUUUGGUAAUAUUGAAACUGAAUUUACAAACAUUAAUCUCUUUAAAUUGAAAAAUGAUCUUUUUGGUUCAAUUUUUUCAAUAAAUAUUUCAAGGUCAAAACUCGAUGUAUUUCUUCAUCAAUAUCAAGAUUUACCUAUUAGUAAAUACGAGCUACCGUUAAUCUUGCUAAAAUAUAGAACGCAGGAAAAGGUGAUGGAAGUAAGCGCAAGAGAUAUAGCGUUGGAAUAUUACACUCAUUGGCUUUCAUUAUUUGGAAAAGAUGAAUCAAUUAUAGAACAAGUUGAAGAAGAAUUGGUAGAUAAAUGUCCUCCAAAAGCAAAUUCUCCAUCAAGUAGAUUUGAUAUAAGGAUGAGUGUAAUUAAUUGUUCAAUAGGUUUAUUACCAGGAAGACUAAAAUGUAAAAGUUAUUUGACUGUGUCAAAAGGAAAUAUGGAUUUAGUAUUUACUGCUAAUCAAUUUUAUAUUAAGAGUUCAUUGAGAGAAAUUAACAUUUUAUUAAUUGAUGACUUGAAAAAUGUCAUAAACUCGAACGAGAGUGCCAAUUUUACCACAGAAUUUCUAAUAAACAAAAGUUACAUUCAGGUUGGAUCUAUCAAUGUUGGUCAUGUUGGCUUAACUUUCAAUACAAAUAUAGAAGAAAUUAAGAGAAGAAAUUACGAAUUAGGUAUUAGGGACAGUUUAUCGAUUAUAGAUUUCAAAAUAAACUUGGAUGAAUUACAAUUAGAUUUAUGUUCUGACUCAACUAACACGUUAACACAGUUGAUUAAUGAUUUAAAAUUACCUUAUGAUUUUGAUGAUAAAGAUAAAGUCAAAAUAAACAUUUGUGAAGAAUUAAACGUGCUUCAAGACAUUGAUGAUAAAAUGUUCAAUGAUAUUUCAGAUGCAUUUACUGAAUUAAAUUUAGAUGGUGGUAGUAAUUCUUUAACAGAGUCUGGAGGAACUGAAAAUAAUUCUCAAUCAAGUUCAGGGUUGGAUUUUAAAGAAGAACAUUUUGAUUAUACUUCUCAUAUUGAUGUUGAAAAAAUUGAUCCAUUAAAGAUCAAUAUAAAUUUGACUACCGUUAAGUUUUACUUAUAUGAUGGAUUUGAUUGGAAAGAUACUAGAAAAGCUAUUAGAGGUGCAGUUAAAAAAAUUGAAUCAAGACAAAAGAUGAGAGAAGAAGAAACACCAAAAAAUCUAUCAGGUGAUAAAGUCAAAGAUCACCUAGAAGGUGAGGAAGAAUUUGAUGAAGAAGAAGAUACUGCAAGAUCUUUUAUAGGAGAAACUUUAUUUCAAUCAAUUCAUGUUAGUGCACCAAGAACAUCAAAUAUUGAUUUGGCCAAGAGUAUAAAUUUAGGAUUACAAAAUGACGAAUUUGAAGAAGUGAAUGAAAAUAAGAUAAGCUCAAAUAUUGAAAAGGGUAAGAAUUACAAAAACCUCAAAUUAAGAAGAUCAACUUUUCACAAAUUAUUAUUUGAUUUAAAAAACAUUGAUAUUGGAGUUAUCAUAUAUUCAACAAGAGAUCCAAGACGUGAUAAAACUGAUCCAAAUUUAAAAUUUGAAUUCCUAAAUCAAAUUGAGAUAAGUUUAGAUACUAUCGAUAUUUAUGAUAAUGUCGUGAGUUCAACUUGGAAUAAAUUUUUAUCAUACAUGAACAUAUUAGGAGAAAGAGAAAUAGGUACUAGUAUGUUAAAAUUAAAUAUUUUGAAUGUUAGACCCAAACCCACAUUAGUAGCUAGUGAAGCCAUAAUCAAGAUUUCAGUUUUACCAUUAAGAUUACAUAUUGAUCAAGAUACUUUGGAUUUUUUAGUUAGAUUUUUUGAAUUUAAAGAUUCAAGAUUUGAUUUACCACCUGAUGAAAUAAUGUAUAUCCAAAAAUUUGAAAUAAAUCCAAUAAAAUUAAAAAUUGAUUAUAAGCCAAAAAAAUUAGAUUAUGUUGGGUUAAGAUCCGGUAAAUCUGCUGAAUUAGCUAAUUUAUUCAUAUUAGAUGGUUCAAAAUUAACUUUACCAAGUGUUAAAUUGUUUGGCAUGUCAGGAUUUGGAGAAUUGGGUUCAAAUUUAGGGUAUAAAUGGAAUAAUGUAUUUCAAUCUACUCAAGUAUUAGGGUUAUUGUCUGGUGUUUCUUCAUUGAGAUCAAUUGUUAAUAUUGGUAAUGGAUUCAAAGAUUUAAUUUUAAUUUCAAGAAAAGAAUACAAGAAAGAUGGUAGAUUUUGGAGAAGUUUACAAAAGGGUACAACUUCAUUAGCUAAAACAACUGGAUAUGAAUUAAUAAACAUGGGAGUAAAAUUAGCUUCGGGAACCCAAGUAUUAUUAGAACAAGGUGAAGAAAUGUUUGGAGGAGAAGGAUCAUCAGCAAGAACCAAUAAAUUAAUAAGAAGAAGAAGUUCAGAUGCUUCGGAUAAUUCAAUACCUGAGAGUUCACAUAUAAGUAGUGGUAAUAGUAAUAGUUUAAGUCCAAAUGUAUUAUUAAGUUCAGAAAUAUUGAAUAAACAAGCAAUGAAAAUGAAAUAUGGAAAUAAAGAUACAUUUGAAGGAUUAAAAUAUUCAAAUAUAAUUGAAAUUGAUGAUUAUGAUGAUUAUGGUAAUACAAUGGGUUUUGAUCAAGAAUUAUUAAAAAAAUCAAUCUUUUUAUUACCACCAAAUGAAGAAGAAGAAGAUGAUGAUGAACCAGAAAGUAAGGCUCAGAAUUCAUCGAAAUCAACAUCCAAAAGUAGUAAUAAUCCAGAAGAAUAUGACAUAUAUGCAAUUAAUGAAGAAGAUGAAGAAGAAUUUAAAGAAAAAAUGAUAAGUCUUUAUUCAAAUCAACCACAAUCUAUACAACAAGGUCUUGUAAGUGCUUAUAAAUCAUUAGGUAAAAAUUUUAAAUUAACAAAUAAACAAUUGGUAAAAUUAAAAUCAGAAUUAAAUAAACAAGAUAAUGUUCAAGAUUCAUUAGUUACAAUUUUAAAAAAUUCUCCUAUAAUUUUAAUUAGACCAAUGAUUGGUACUACUGAAGCUAUUUCUAAAACUUUAAUGGGAUUGGGGAAUAUGGUUGAUUCUAAGAAUAUAAUUGAAAAUAAAGAUAAAUACAGAUCAGAUAAAGAUAGUUCGGAGGAUAAGUGA